AUGCAAAGGAUUCACCAAAGGUGGUUUCGAACACAAAUUGUUCCACAGAUAAAGAGGAAUAAGUUGCCGCCAAGACCGAAAUUCACACCAGACUUAGAGCCUCAAUGUGUGGAAGCGUUUAUGCAUGGCGGCAGAGGACCAGGGGGACAAAAGAUUAAUAAAACCAAUUCGAAAGUUGAAUUGAGACAUAUUCCAACCGGGAUUGUGGUUAAAUGUCAGGAAACCAGGUCUCGAGAGAGAAACAGACAAAUUGCAAGAGAGAAAAUGGCAUAUGAAAUACAGAAAUACAAUAACAAUGGUAUCUCCGAAAGGGAUAUUUCAUUGAAACUACUGCAUUCUCAAAAUAAGAGAUCGAAAGCAAAGAAAAGUAAGGAAAAAUAUGCUAAGCAUAAUCUUGAAAGGGAACUUAUGAAAAGGGGACAAGAACUGGAAGAUAUGGAAGUGAUCAAAAAAAUGGCCUCUAAAGAAUGA